AUGCUGCUCCUGCUGCUCUGCUUCACUGCUCUGGUUUCCACAAGUUUCUCUGCGCUCUUCAGGAACAACGCUCCAGUCAUUGGUCUCAUGGCUCAAGAUGUUCUUCGCCCAAAAAAUAACGAAAGAAGUUACAUUGCUGCGUCAUACGUGAAAACCCUGGAGUCCGCUGGAGCAAGAGUGGUUCCUAUAAUGAUUGACCAGACUGAAGAGGAGUACAAAACAAUAUUCCACGCAAUCAAUGGGUUCUUUCUGCCCGGAGGAUCCGCCUACAUCUUUGACUCUGGAUACGAAAGAGCUGCCAAGAUAUUCUACAAUCUCGCCAUUGAGGCCAACAACAAAGGAGAUUAUUUCCCAGUUUGGGGCACUUGUCUUGGGUUCGAACAGCUCGCCGUUCUGACCGCUCAGUCAAACGUUUUAGUGCAAACCAACACGACCAAUGUGUCUCUGCCUCUGAACUUCACUCAUGGUAAGAUCUUUGUCCCGUGA